AUGAUUCUUUCCCAGCCAUUGCGCCUCACGUGCAAGAUAGCUGCAGACCAGCCUGCGUUCAAGCCGCCGGCUUCUGCUGAAUUUGGAGAUGGAAGGCCCGUUGUCAGGAUUCGAAUUGCGCAACCUCAGCAAAAUGCUGGUUGGUGCCUCGAUGCGCAGCGAAGUGUCAAAGCAGACCAAAGAGACUGCACUUCGACUUGUGUGAGCGCGCACAGACCUGCACCUGGCCUUGCCGGCGAGUGGCAGCUGGAACGGGGCUCCGCCGACUUUCAGUUUUUGAUUCGUUGCGUGUCCAAUCACUUCAGUCAGACAAGUGGCUGGCUUCUCGAUGUUGCGGAAGACGUGCAUCGGUGUCACAACGUCAUCGUCAGAAAAGGUGAUGACAACGUCCCUGCUGCCGAGUGGAUGAUCGAGCCGCAAGGUGGCUUUGAUGUUUCAUCAGGAGUAUCCCCUACCUACAGGCUUCGCUUGGCAGUUGGGCCGAGAGAGGCAGUUGGUUGGUUUCUGAAUGUCGACAGCAAACCUGGGAAUCGCCGUACGGCGGACUCGGUGUACUUGCAUGUAUCCCCAAGCAGCUUUGCAACGUUGAUCCUUGAAGUCCAAAAGGCCAAUGGUCCACGGAGCUUGGUUCUACGCCAGGAGCGCUUUUACGAGGUCGUUGUUUGCAACUUGUCGGGGAGGCCAUUGAUACUCCAAGGGUGCAAAGAUGUGGCCACACGAACGCGAAAGGCCAUAGCAGGAAGCUUCCUGCAGCUCGUCCCAAUGGUCGCUGCGCUGGAAGGUGCGGAAGAUCAUGGUGGUGAGCUCGUGGAGCGUGUGCUACUGCAGAAUCCACUUUCUCACCCGUCACCAACAGUUCAGGCGAAGUUUCAGCACAGUGGCAGCUGCGGAGAUCUCCUCGAGUUCUCUGUGACAUACUUGACCGUGGAAGGGAGAGACACUACAUGGUAUCAUGAGAUGAGUGGACGCCGCAAGAUCAUCCCAUCUCUGUCCUUGCUUCUUGGACUUGGCGCAACUCUGGUGAAGUGGCAACUUUGUUCACCGACCCUGGGUCUUCGGGUGCAGAUGGCAGGCCACCUCCAAGGGCCUGCGGAGCCAUGCAUCUUGGUUAUCGCGACUGGUGGAACGAUUGACAAGGCAUAUCCUCGAUUGACGGGUGGCUGGGGCUUCGAAAUCGGGGAUCCCGCAGCUGGUCGGAUAUUGGACCGAAUCUUUCCGGCAGGAUUCAGCUUUGAAGUCCAGAGCGUUUGCGCCAAAGACUCGCAGGAGAUUUCGGACGCAGAUCGAUCACAGAUCCUAAACGCUUGCGAGGAGUGGCCUGGCGAUCAGAUCAUCAUAACCCACGGCACCGACACCUUAGUCGAAACCGCCUGUUACUUGGGCCAUCGCGCAGGAAACCUGGCCACCAAGCGAAUUUGUCUGACCGGCGCAAUGCUUCCAGAAAAAUUCGUGGACACGGAUGCUCACUUCAAUAUGGGUGUGUGCUUUGGCGCUUUGGACAUGGCAAUGCCUGGUAUCUACGUGUGCAUGAAUGGGCGAGUUCGGGAAUGGACAUCCGUACAGCGUGAUCUGAAGUCGGGAAUCUUCACUCAAGCUCUGGACUCCGGACGUUGA